AUGGCUGCGGGAGGAGGAGGCGGCGGCGGCAUCGCCGACGAGAAGCAGGCCCCUGCCGAGGCGUUCGGCGGGCACCUGCAGGAGGCGGCUGAUAUGAUGGAGGAGGAACAGCACAGCGGCGGCGUCAAGUCCCGGCUGUCAGGCCUGCUGUGGCACGGCGGGAGCGCCUACGACGCGUGGUUCAGCUGCGCGUCGAACCAGGUUGCCCAGGUGCUGCUGACGCUGCCCUACUCGUUCGCGCAGCUGGGCAUGCUGAGCGGCAUCCUGUUCCAGCUCUUCUACGGCCUGCUGGGCAGCUGGACGGCGUACCUGAUCAGCGCCCUGUACCUGGAGUACCGCACCCGGCGCGAGCGCGACAAGGUGGACUUCCGGAACCACGUGAUCCAGUGGUUCGAGGUGCUGGACGGGCUGCUGGGCCGGCACUGGCGCAACGCUGGCCUCGCCUUCAACUGCACCUUCCUCCUCUUCGGCUCCGUGAUCCAGCUCAUCGGCUGCGCCAGCAACAUCUACUACGUCAACGACCGGCUGGACAAGCGGACGUGGACCUACGUCUUCGGCGCCUGCUGCGCAACGACGGUGUUCAUCCCCUCGUUUCACAACUACCGGGUCUGGUCCUUCCUGGGCCUCGUCAUGACCACCUACACCGCCUGGUACAUCGCCGUCGCCUCGCUCGUCCACGGCCAGGUCGAGGGCGUCCAGCACUCGGGCCCUACCAGGAUCGUGCUCUACUUCACCGGAGCCACCAACAUACUCUACACCUUCGGGGGACACGCAGUCACAGUGGAGAUCAUGCACGCGAUGUGGCGUCCUCAGAAGUUCAAGGCCAUCUACCUGCUGGCGACGCUGUACGUGAUGACGCUGACCCUCCCCUCCGCCGCCGCCGCCUACUGGGCGUUCGGCGACGAGCUGCUGACGCACUCCAACGCGCUGGCGCUGCUCCCGCGGACUCCGUUCCGCGACGCCGCCGUGGUGCUCAUGCUCAUCCACCAGUUCAUCACCUUCGGCUUCGCCUGCACCCCGCUCUACUUCGUGUGGGAGAAGCUCAUCGGCCUCCACGACUGCCGCAGCCUCUGCAAGCGCGCCGCCGCCAGGCUCCCCGUCGUCGUCCCCAUCUGGUUCCUCGCCAUCAUCUUCCCGUUCUUUGGCCCCAUCAACUCCGCCGUCGGAUCGCUCCUCGUCAGCUUCACCGUCUACAUCAUACCGGCGCUCGCGCACAUGGUCACAUUCAGGUCGCCACAGUCGCGGGAGAACGCCGUGGAGCGGCCUCCGAGGUUCGCCGGCGGGUGGACAGGCGCGUACGUGAUCAACUCCUUCGUGGUGGCGUGGGUGCUGGUGGUCGGCUUCGGCUUCGGCGGCUGGGCCAGCAUAACCAACUUCGUGCAGCAGGUCAACACCUUCGGCCUCUUCGCCAAGUGCUACCAGUGCCCGCCGCAUAUCACCGCCCCGCCGGCGGCUCCGGCCUUCAUCACGCCGCCACCCAUGGCCCCGGCACCCUCCAUGCCACCGGCGACGGCGUUCAAUGCCACCGGGCUCUUCCCUACGGUACCAGCCCCGGCUCCGGCUCCGGCGCCGAUGAUCAACUUCUUCCUUCGCCACCACCACCACAGGCACCACGGCGGCCGCCACGGCCUGUGA